AUGGCUUUGCGUGUUGCUCAGCCUCACCACUCCAGCCGGUAUAGGGCCAAUUCCAGAGGCCUCGACGCAGAUGAAGAGGCCAGUGACUUCGCGAGCUUCAUUUGUGAGCUCUGCAUCCACACAGAUACUUCCAAAGAUGACGAGAACAACCGCCUAUUGGAAACUGCGGAGAAACUGCGGCUGCAAUUGACCGAGCAUACGUCCUCCAAGGAUACAUUCCGGCGAGGCGGCGGCUUCGAAAAAGUGUUGGAGGUACUUGGAGCGGACGACUUUCGGCGCGAUAGAUCGAAUGGCGCCACCAUCCUCAUGCAAAGCAUAUUGCGGCUUUUAUCGGAAGCACUCAGUCAGCAUCCAGGCAAUGCGAGAUAUUUCCAUGGACGACUCGAUGGAUGGACCGUCCUGCAGCAUGUCUUCUCCAACGCGCUGCAGGCCAAAGGGCUGGAUGUAGACCAAGGAACCGCUGCCGAGCAUGCAACAACGGUAUACAACGUCUUGAUCGCGUUUGCGCUGGGAGGAAAGGGCGACUUCGAUAUUGCGGCUCCUCAGAUCGGCACGAUUCAAAACCCACACGGACUAUCAAUCGCGCUUCGCCUGUCACUUGCCUCAUUGGACUCACCUAGUGCAAAGGAUUCAGCUCCAUUGAUACUGCAGCUGGUAGCUGAUUUAGUGCGGGCCAGCACUAGAAACACAAUACUACUAUGGCAGACAGGCGUGUUGUCCGACGUUCUGAGGACUGCACUGAGUGAAAACACUCCAGCUGCUUUCAAACCGCAGAUUGAAAGCCUUGUACUGCUAUUGGGUAGAUUUGGACUUGACGGACUCGAUGAUGUAGCACUUCUCUUCAAGCGCGCCACAGAGACAGAUGCAGCCAAGGAGAGCCUCUUGAACCUAUUACGGACUUCCAAACAACCUGCAUUUCUUCAAUUCGACUUGUGGCUGAGUGGCCACUCCUCUAUAGAAGUACCAACGCUGCGGGCCUUUCCGCCUGCCAAUGGCUACAGUCUUGCUGCGUGGGUGAGAUUUGACGAGUUCGACAAGGACUCACAUACCACUCUAUUCGGGGCUUUCGACCCAUACAAGACUUGCUUCAUCCUGAUGUACCUUGAAAAAGACAGCCGGCAGCUGAUUCUCCAGACAUCGGUUCGAGCUUCGAACCCCAGUGUACGCUUCAAGUCCACCCGAUUCGAGACUUCAAAGUGGUAUCAUGUGGCUCUUGUGCAGCGGAGGAAUGCGUCAGAUCCGAGCCAGAGCGUGGCAUCACUCUUCAUCAACGGUCUCUUUGCAGAGCAACGCAAAUGCAACUACCCCGAAACGCCGCAAGCGUCUGCCGAAACGUCGUCAAAUGGCCGCGCGAAGCCUGUGCAGGCUUUCUUUGGCACGCCGCGUAAUGUGGCAAUGAACCCAACACCAGAAGCGGUGAAGACAAGAUGGUCGCUUGCARAUGCGCAUCUAUAUCAAGCCCCGCUGUCAGAUGAGUUCGUUGCCGUUCACUUUCGCCUUGGACCCCGAUAUCGCGGCAAUCUGCAGGAUUGUCUCGGGCCACUUCUGACCUAUCAAGCCUCCGCAGAAUUGAACAGACACAAUGAGACCAUGCACCCUGAAAAGAACGACAAGUCUGACAUCAUCACUGCCACGGAGGGGCGAGGGAGUGAUGUGGUAGCGGAGUCCCGUCUCAUACUUGCAAUUUGCCCAACUUCGGUGAUUAACUUCAACGCGUUGGAUAACAAGGCUCGAGACGUGAAGCACGAUUUGGACAGCAAGGCGCUAGCCAAGUAUCAACAACUGGCCCAGCAUGCACGCGCUGUCGCUAUCAAUACUGCAGUGCCAGGGCUCAACGAAGCCGUCAGUCGAUCGUACGGCACUGGCGUCAUAUUCGGUGAGCCUGUUGUUGUGGUUCCCCAGCCACUGGAUGAUGCGAGCUGGCGCCUUUCCGGAUCGCUGCCAGUCCUUCUCCGAAUUUUAGAAGCUGCAAAUACAAAGACUUCCUUCCUGCAAGCCGUGAAGAUUUUCUUCGAGUGUGUCAAGGACAGCUGGCGGAUCAGCGAGGCUAUGGAGAAGGGUCAGGGGUUUGGCGUGCUGGCAUUGGUUAUUCGUGAGAAGCUGGGUCUCGAAGCCGGCUCCUCGUCAACAGCAUCGACUCGCCGUCCAUCGUCCAUCUUGAGUCUCGAAGAUCGACAGGCGCUCCCGUCUGAGCUGCUUGCCCUUGUGUUGGAAUUCGUUGGCUACGAUCACGCAAACCCAGAAAUGUCGAUGCUGGUAAAUCCAAUGGCUUACCGCGUCUUGCUCAUCGACUUUGACACUUGGCGGCGAUGUGAUCUGGCGACCCAAACGCUCUACUACUCUCAAUUCAUCCACUUCAUCGUCGGAAACAGGAAUUCCGCCUUCAAUCAAAAGCGCCUGACCAGAAUGAGGGUAGUAAAGCGGCUGAUUGAGGCGUUGAAGAACGAAGAUGUGAGUGAGGACGCCGCCAAGCUCAUGAUGACCUCUCUCAGGGGUCUUCUGGAUACUGGCUCGGCAUCGCUCUGCCGCGACAUCGCGAUGCUGGUCGCGUAUGGUUUACAUGAUGCUCGAGCUAUGCCCGUCACCACGACACGAAGCGUGGCCAGAACAGUCAGCAUUAUGAACAAAAUCAACUCGUGGCCUCGGAGCGCCCGUACUCCUCGACCUUCAACUCCAAGCGAGUCGACCUUUCCGUCACCUAGGACUGGUCUUUCAAGGUACGAACUGUCAGUACUGGUGCUCAGGCUACUAGCAGAGACGCUAAAUGACGAGCGUACCGCAUCGUCUAUUCGGCGGUUUUGUCGUGCUGUCCCAAACAGGUGGCUGCUUCAUCUGCUCGCAGAAAACGAUGUCCGUGUCAUUGAGCUGACACUUUGUAUAAUAUGCAAAGCCAUGUCAGCACUCGGAUCGGAGUUCAAGUCCCCUUUCAUCGAUAAGAACGGAGGGUUCAUCACACUCAAGCACCGAUUGAAGCCAUUCUGGCGAUCAAAGACAGUCUGGACGCUAGUAUUUGGAGCGUUCUUUGGACGUAGCUUUCCCCUCGCACGGCUUGAGGCAGGGUUCUCUGCCCUCCACCUGGUGGACAUGCUAGGCGUCGACAGCACGGUUGUGAUUAAGCAUCCCGAGAUGCUUCCUACCAUCUUCGCCAUGUUGGAAGCUGGUUUGAGGAAGGUAGCCCAGGAUGAGGCACCCAAUGAAGAAGAUAGUACGCUGUUGAAGAACAUUGUUCAGUUCUUGAGUGAAGUUUACAAUCGCAGUCCCACUUUCCGCGAGUUUGCCGGAAACUCUCGAUACCUCCAAGAGAUUUUGUUCGUGCUCUUCCCACUGCUGGUAGGGUCUGAUAGACUUUCCGCCGAAACUGAGCUACAGGCCGAAGCUCUGUCAUUCAGAGGAGAGGAAGUCAAGAUGCGGCCUCACUCGAAUUCGCUGGGCGAGCGUCCGCCCUCCGUCCGCAGUCUAGACAUGGCGAGUGGAAAGCGCACACCUUCGCCUAUGACGCCGAAUCGCGUCGAGGCACCGAAGCGCAUCUCUUCGUUCGUUCUGGUUAACAACGACGAAGAACGUCUCGCAGUCCCACCAACCCCGUUCAACGCCCCUAUGGCGCCCAAAAGCGCCGAGCCUGUGAAGAUCAACGUUACCAACUCACUGGUGGAGAGUCUUCUCGAGCUYGCGGUUAUCCUUUUCGUCGACCAAGUCUGCGUCAGGGACAAGUACACGGGUAUGGGUCUAUUCCUCAAGGUGCCACCAGCAUUUCGAGAACAUCAGGCUUACUUCGAAUCGUAUGUACUGGUGCACGCCUUGUCUCAGCUAGGUAGCCAUUUACGUCUMAACCAGAGGCUCCUGCUGGAGACCAAGGUCUUGACCAACCUGGCGCGCUACGCUCAACAUAUGGCCGAGGCUGUCUCCGAGGGCUGGUUCAUUGAUGGAGCACAGCCACUGCUAGACUUCACAGGAGAGAUACUGGAUCACCUCCAGCAGCCUGAUAUCGCCAAUGUCAAAUCAGUACGGCUAUGCAGUCAAUCGACCAACUCAAUACGCGUUGUGUUCCUGAAGGCAACGCUGUGGCGCCUCGCGGAGCUUGACGAAGACGCGAGCGAGAAGCAUGUCGGCGAAUUCCUCAACAAGAUGACAUAUUGGCAGACGAUUCUCUUCGCUGCCGAGAACCAGGAAACACUCUUCACCAAGCUCAUCUGCUACUUGCUGUACCACAAGCUUGUGUCCAAUGUCGUUUCAGUUCGCCUUGCUUCGGCGCGUUUGUGGCGGAUGGUUCUUAUGCAGAAACCCACCGAGACUGCAACAAUGCUGACCAACACCAUGGGUCCGGAACAGCGCCACCUGUCGACUGGAUUCAUGAAAUUGGUCGCAAUGGAUGACGAGGACUUUCUAGCUUGGAUCGAUGCAAACAGGACGGUUCUCGACACGGUGUUCCACUCGUCUUUGAGCAAGCCUUGGGAGGACUUUGUGCACGCGGAGAACCGUAGCUCGGAGGAGACGACCAAGACUCGGCUAAGCAAACGUAGAGAAAAACUGCGACAGUGGGCACUCGACGAGUCCGCUGCAGACGACUUCAUCCACAGAUACGAAAUCUCCACCAAUCACUGGAGAGCCAACAUACACGCUCAAGAGAGGGUGAAACUGCAGCGAGCGAUACAAGAUCACCAAGAGAAUGUCAAUCAUCUGCAUACAGCAUUUGCAAAACUGGAGAAACUACUCCAACAGCCGUGUGGUCUGGAAGCCCACGUGGACACCGAGCUACAGCCUGCACGUUGGCAAUUGGACGAGACCGAGGCCGUGAACAGGAUGCGAAUGCGGAUUGUCCCAGAUUCGUCCGAGGUCAAGGAAGCGUUUCUGCCUAAGCGCAAGGCGUCUAGACGGCUCACAAAUGGGAAGCUUGCCAUCAACACCCAGAUCGCACGGGUCAUGUCAGACGACAUCAACUCUCCUAACCCGUCGACCCCUGGAGUUGUACCGGCAACUCCUACGCAACAGACAGACGGUCCACCGGAACAAAACGAGGGCCAGAGACUACGCAGCGAUUCUGCGUCCAACUCUCAAUUGUUGGAAGGUGGCUUUGAAAUGGUUGACGAUCCAAAAGAGGACGAAGACGGCCUCAUCGAGGAUAAGAACCGCAAGGUCAUGACCAGUCUGCAGCGUGGUGACAUGGUUCAGCAGCUACAUAACAUCUCCCGCAUUGUGGGGCUGGAGGCCUGCGAGGGUCUAGUUGUUGUGGGCCAGAAGUGUCUGUAUAUGCAAGACAACUUCUUCCAAAGAUCAGAUGGCGAGAUUGUGAGCGUCUCGCAAGCACCCGAGGAUGAGCGUGACCCAUACGUACAACUGAUAUCCGGAAAGGAUGUCGGCAGUGCAGUAACAAAACACAGCGUCGGAGAUCAAGAAACACGACACUGGACUUGGGCGGAGGUACUGAGUGUGUCCAAGCGGCGCUUCUUGUUGAGAGAUGUGUCGAUUGAAGUCUUCUUCACAGAUGGAAGAAGCUAUCUGUUAACCUGCAUGUCGUCCAAAGCCCGCGAUGAUCUCUACAGCGCGAUUUCUAGCAGAGCGCCGCACAUUCACAGCACUUCCGCGGUGACCAGAGAAGAUGCAUGGCGACUUGAUACGCUUCGGACCCCCGAAGAUGUGCCCAAGAACUUUGGUUCCAAGUUUGGCAAUCUUUUCAACGCUGGACCGACACAUGCAGCAACGAGGAGGUGGCAGCGUGGAGAGAUGUCAAAUUUUCAAUAUCUUAUGCUGGUCAACACCAUGGCUGGACGCACAUUCAACGACUUGACGCAGUACCCCGUCUUCCCUUGGGUUCUGUCCGACUACUCUAGCGAGGAGCUGGACCUCGACAACCCCAAAUCUUUCCGAGACUUUUCAAAGCCCAUGGGAUGCCAGACUGCAGCACGAGAAGCGGAGUACAAGGAUCGUUUCAAGCAGUUUGCCGAGAUGGGCGACAACCCGGCGUUCCAUUACGGGACCCAUUAUUCAUCAGCCAUGAUUGUCAGCUCCUUCCUCAUCCGCCUGCAGCCGUUUGUGCAGUCAUACCUACUGCUCCAAGGUGGUGCAUUCGAUCAUGCAGAUCGACUGUUCGACUCAAUUGAGAAAGCGUGGCAUUCUGCCUCGCGCGAUACCAUGAGCGAUGUUCGGGAGCUGACUCCAGAGUUCUUCUACCUGCCGGAAUUCCUCUUGAACAUCAACAAGUACGAGUUUGGAACGAAACAAGUCUCCGGAGAGGCGGUCAACCACGUUCACCUACCUAAAUGGGCCAAGGGCGAUCCGCAAAUCUUCAUAGCCAAGCAUCGCGAGGCAUUGGAAAGUCAAUAUGUCAGUGAGCAUYUCAACGAGUGGAUCGAUCUUGUCUUUGGCUACAAGCAGAGAGGUGAGACUGCUGUCGAGGCGACCAACGUCUUUCAGCAUCUGUCGUAUGGUGGUGCAAAGGAUCUGGACAAGAUCGACGACCAGGUCGAACGUCUUGCAACGAUUGGCAUCAUCCAUUCCUUUGGGCAGACCCCACAUCAGGUCUUUCAGAAAGUCCACGCGUACCGAGAGCUGGAGAAGCAGUUCGAGCCCAAACUGGACAUGCUCGCAGAGACCCUCACACGCCUACCGGAUACCGUGACCAACAUCCACGAGCGGGUUGCGGACUUCAACUUCAUCAUAUCACCAACGCAAUCCCUGGACAACCGCCUCUUAGCGUCUGGUCCCUGUAAGUUGAAUCUACUACCGAACUGCACCCGCUACAUGCAGUGGGGAUUCACCGACCACAGCAUCCGCUUCUACUCCAAACACUCUGGCCGCCUACUAGGUCUCUACGAGAACACGCACGUCGGAGCCAUCACAGCGGCAAUCUUCGUCGAUAGCAAGACGCUCGUCACCGCGGGCGCGGACUGCACCAUCGGUGUAUGGAACGUUAGUGUUGGGAAAGACGUCGUCGAGAUUACGCCCACAACGCAUCUAUUUGGCCACCGCACAGCCGUCACCGUCCUCGCCGCUAGUCGCGUUUUCAGCACGCUGCUCUCUGUAUCUUCCGAUGGCCAAGUCCUCAUCUGGGGUCUCAACCGACAAAAUUGCAUUCGUGUCUUGCUCCCCGCCGGCGGACCACCCAUCCAAGCAGCGCGAAUGAGCAAUGUCUCCGGCCACAUCCUCAUCCUCCGCGGCCCCAACGCGCUUCUCUAUACCCUCAACGGCCAUCUCCUCGUCGAACAAAAGCUUUGCGAACGCGAAGACGACGAGAUUCUCUGCGCCGCGUUCUACGAAGGCGCUGGCAAUGAAUAUCUCGAGCGAGAAUUGAUAUUCACGGGACAUACUCUCGGCGUCACGAACGCGUGGACAUUGACGACGUUGAGUGAUGGGAGUUGGUAUUUGCAACUUGUGAAGCGGCUGCAGGGGGUGGAUGGGAGUGAGGGGUUGGGGAGAGCGCCUGCGGGGAUCACGAGUGUGCUGCCGGUGGCCAAGGCGGUUUAUACGGGGGAUGAAGAGGGCAAUGUAUGGCAGUGGGAGACUGUGGUGAGGCAUAGUAGUUUUAGUGGGAGGGGACGGUGA